AUGUUGAGAAACUGCCAAAUAAAUGGGUUCAGGAUCCUGAACCAUGUUGGGUCAGGGGCGUACGGCCUGGUGCUGCACGUCGAGGAAAUCGCCACGGGCAGACAACUCGCCAUGAAGAUUAUUUUGAAGCGUACGCUUUCGAGUGUCGCGAAGCGGGGGACCAAAAGGAACGAUCUAAUGAUGAACACGCUGCUGACGUACCUCCAGACACACGACAACGUGCUGAACUUCCCCUGCGUGGACCUGGACUCGAUACACAACAUCACAAACGAACAACUGGCAGAUGUGCCUCACUACAGAGAGUUGCAACUGCACCUCAGGGUCAACACCCAUCCAAACAUCGUCACGAUCCACCAGGUGUUGGAAUCCCCUCUGGCGACUUGUAUUGUCAUGGAUUACUACGAAAAGGAUCUGUUUACGGCAAUCGCGGAGGAGGGUCACUUCGCUAAGGACGGUCUGCUCAUAAAGAAGGUCAUGCUCCAGUUGUGCUCCGCGUUAGAGCACUGCUCCCGUGCGAACGUCUUCCACUGCGAUCUCAAGCCAGAGAAUAUACUGCUCGACUCAAACGAUAACGUCUACUUGUGCGAUUUCGGACUCGCCACACACUCCGAUAUACUGGAACCAAACGUGUGUAUUGGUUCCUCGUACUACAUGGCCCCAGAGAGGAUCUCUCAGGGGGACAGCUUCCUCAUGUACCCAACACUAAAGGGUGACAUCUGGUCUUUGGGGAUUCUCCUGGUAAACCUCACGUGUAUCAGAAACCCUUGGUCCAAAGCACAUCAUUUAGAGGACAAGACUUUUGCCCAUUUCCUCAAAAACCAAAGUAUCUUGCAGACGAUACUACCCAUAUCCGAUGAACUGCUCGUCUUGUUGAAAAAAGUGCUCAAGUUGAACCCGUUCGCGAGAAUUGGACUAACACAGUUGAGGGAGGAGAUUGGAGCUAUCCGGUCCUUCACAAAAGAGGGUCCCCUAACGCGUUGUCGGGCCGUCCAGAAGAGGUCGACCAUCCAAACAAUUCAGAGUCCCCACCUAAGUGAUAUAUUCAGCAUCUACAGCGACGCACAAACGACCACGACGACAUCUUGCGAGUCUGACACAGACAGUUUGCAGAAACAACCCACGGGCAACUAUCUCCAUGAACCCAGCGCGUACAAUAGGGGCCCCAGUGACGUUGUGAGGAACAACCUGCUGCAAUUCCAGCUGAACGUCUCAACGCAGCAGCGGAUCCCGAAUACGGUAUCAUACUGCAACAAAUCACCCUUCUAA